UUGGCAGUGAGCCCCUCCCCAGAAGGCAUCUCCCUUGGCUCCCACCAGAAGGCAUCCUCUGGGCCACGCCUGCGCCGUAGGGCUGAGGGAGGGCGGGAGGCCGGCCCGGCAGAUGGGGGAGGAGGAGGGCGGGGAGAAGCGCCGUCUGCAGCCGCGACGCCAUUUGCCACUGCCAAGCGUGGGCACGGGCGGCUCUCGGAAGCACCGGCGACCAACCUCUUCCGAGCACGCUGCUCGGCCUCCCGCAUAGUCUUCAUCGCGCGCGUUUCUCAGCGUCGUCCCUCGGAGUCACCGCCGCUCCUGCCGCCUUCCGGAGCACGGUCCCACACGCCGCCUGCCCGUUUUUGCCGCCAUGCCCAAGAAUAAAGGAAAAGGAGGUAAAAACAGACGCAGAGGAAAGAAUGAGAAUGAAUCUGAAAAGCGAGAGCUGGUCUUCAAAGAGGAUGGGCAAGAAUAUGCUCAGGUAAUCAAAAUGUUGGGAAACGGACGAUUAGAAGCAAUGUGUUUCGAUGGUGUAAAGAGACUAUGCCACAUCAGAGGGAAGUUGAGGAAAAAAGUUUGGAUAAAUACCUCAGAUAUCAUAUUGGUGGGCCUCCGAGAUUACCAGGAUAACAAAGCCGAUGUCAUUUUAAAAUACAACGCGGAUGAAGCUAGAAGUCUCAAGGCGUAUGGCGAGCUUCCAGAGCAUGCUAAAAUCAAUGAAACUGAUACAUUUGGUCCUGGAGAUGAUGAUGAAAUUCAGUUUGAUGACAUUGGGGAUGAUGAUGAAGACAUUGAUGAUAUCUAAAAUGAACUCAACAUUUGACAUUCCAGUCCUUCUGCAAGUUUGGAAUUGAUCAUAGACGUUCAGGAAAAGUUUUCAUAACCAUGAUUGUAAUUUGUUGAGGCAGACUUGAUUCAAUACUAAGGUCGCUUCUUUCAAAACUGAUAAUAUCUUAACUGUUAGGUUAAGCCCACUUUGUUCAUUUGAUGUAAUGAAACUCAAGAAGAUCAUGUAAGAAAAAAAACAAAGUUACUGCCUUUCCUACUUUGACCCCUUCCAGUAAGUAAAUGGAUGUUUUGAAUAAA